AUGGCGGAAGCCUUGGCCGUGACUUCACUACCAAAGUCUGAGCGAGUUAACCACUAUAUCUGCCGAGUGGAUAAAGCUCCAGAAACCCUACGCGAUAUCGGAAUCCACUUGCCUCUCUUCAUCGACUCAUUGCGUCGGAUCCAGUUCCAUAUCGACUUCGGCCAUUUCAAUCCACAAACGUCAUCCGCGCUAAAGAUCUUGAUCGAUGAAUACUUUUUGCAAAUGAAUGCACUUGACAAUCUCAUGACAAAGGACACCUGA